AUGUCCAAGAAAGGUGCUGCUCCGUCAGUGGACAAGUCGUACACGGCGGGUGAUAUUGUAUGUCGUCGCGUGCCGGUCUCCCGUUGGUCCGGGUGUGGGUGUCGGAUCGAGACUGACGCGCUCUCCCGGUGCGACCAAUUCCCUCUUCGCGCUCGAUCACUGGCACUUGUAGGUGCUCGCCAAGAUCAAGGGAUACCCAUCGUGGCCUGGUCAGGUAAGAUCCGAUUCCAUGCUCUCAACGCACGGCCUCCAUGCCCCUUCUCGCAGGAUGUCACGGCGACUGGCGCGAUCUGGCGCGGCGACCAGUGGCCCUGGCAGCACGCGGUGCAUCGUUGCACCUCGCCCGAUGGCAUCCUGCAACCUGGGUGAUCUCUUCAAGAGACUCGCGAGACGUGUAGUCGUCGAGACAGGCGAGCCCAUUGCUGACCGUUGCCCCCUUCCCCCUCUUCCCUCCGCCUUGACGCGCGUCUCGCCCAUCGUUCUCUUUGUCGGUUGCCUCGGCUCAUCCGGCGCCUCGACCUCGUCGAUCCUGCGCGCCUCGACCACACGGCCUCGCAUCAUCACAGAUCACCGACGGCAAGGACGCGCCUGUCAAUGUUCGCAGCCAGCAGCCUCCCAAGUCCAAGACCUACCUCGUUCGCUUCUUCCCGACAGGUGACUAGUACGUCGGCCUCCCCGAGGAACCGGUUUCCAGCUCAGCGCCCGUCAUCGGCGACGACGCGUGGAGCAGUCGGCCUCCCGAGGCACGACCAAGCUCGUGCUGUGACUGAACUUGGUCCUGUUUGCAUCGUUCCACAGUGCCUGGACUGCUCCGCGCGAUAUUUCGUCCCUCACCAAGGACGAGAUCGAUACCUACGUCUCGUCGUCGAGCAAGAAGAAGGGUGACCUGCUCGAAGCCUACAAAAUCGCCAAAGACCCGAGCUCAUGGUUGAAGGCGCGAGAGGACGAGGCCAACGCCGUCGCGGCCUAUGAUGACGAGGACAUGCUCGCGAGUGCGGAUGAGGCUAGUGGUAGCAAGGGCAAGGCCACGACGAAGAAGCGCAAGGCCGUUGCUGCCAAGAAGGACCCCGUCGAGGACAAGAAGGCGAAAAAGGCCAAGCUGGAGAAGUUGGCCAAGACCAGGGUGCGUACAUCACAACUAACUCAUGCACACGGAUGUGCUGAAUCGAACGCACCCUCAUGUGUGUCACACGGUUGACGGGUCGUUGAACGCUGAUUUUUUUUUCCGGAUAUCUGAUCACCCCCCCCCCCCCCCUUCAGGCGCCUCCCAAAUCGACCAAGAAGGCCGAGAAGGAAGAAGCUGAGGCCGCACCUCCCUCGAAGAAGUCCAAGCCGACUCCUGCCCCUGCGCGUGAGUCCCAACCCAUGGCCCGGCAUCUCGGAAUGUUGGCUUGGUUGACACUUUUCGCCCUCAACCCCAGCCGUCGAGGUCGACGAUCCCGGCUUGAAGCAGGUUCGCGAUUGGCGCCACAAGCUGCAAAAAGUCUUCCUCAGCAACAAAAACGAAGUCCCUCUGAACGCCGAUGUCAGUCAUUACAGCAUAGCCACCUCCCUAACCUUCGUCAUCCCACCGAGCUCAUGGUUCCACAUUUUGACCCACAGGAGAUGCCAAAGUGCCGCGAGUACUUUGACGCGAUGGAGACAUUCGUCAUGAAGCGCGAAUGGCUCGCUGUGCGUGCUACGAUCCCUCGGGACUCGUCUUUCCUUCUUGCUUUGAUAAUGUCGGAGAACUAAUUAUUGCUUGGCUUUGGCCCUCGCGCAGGAAUCGAAACUCGCCAAAGUGCUGAAGCGCAUCGUACUACUGAACCCGAACCAGAUCCCGGACGAGGAGACGUACAAGUUCCGUGAACGAUCAACCGCACUCGCACAGAAGUGGGCCUCGCUCACCGACCCGUCUGGCCAAGCCACGCCUAAAGAAGACGGUACGGCCAAACCCGAGGAGCACAAGGACCUCGCCGCCGCCUCGACAGAAACACCAAACGACUCGAGCGCGCCCGCCGAAGAAUCCAAAGACAAGAUGGAGGGCGUCACCGAGACCAACGGUACCAACGGAUCUGCUAGUACAAAAGCUGCCGAUGCUUCUCCCGCGAACGACGCCGCCACCACCGCACCUCAAGACGAGGUCACGGCUUGA